AUGAUGAGGCCGCUUCCCUUCGUGCGUGCACCUGCUGCUUGGGCUCAGGUGUCGCGCCCUAGUGCCAGCGUCUACUCGGCACGGCUAUGUCCUGCAGUCGGGGUUCGUUGCACCUCCUCCAUCCAGUCGGGCCACAUUACAGUCGGGGAGAAUGAGGGCAUUCUCUAUGUGAACAAUGUCUUCCCGCAUCGGCUGCAAUGGUUCCUGCGGGGCCCGCUCAGCCAUAUCCAGCCGUUUGAAGGACUGCUGAAGCGAAUCAACAACCCUGACCUGGCCGCAUCUGAUCCUCAGCGCAUAGCUGAACGCGCAUUACCCCAGGGCUUGGAUCUUAAAAUCAAAGAGGUUGUCCCAAGGUAUAAAGAAGGCGGCGCAUUCGUAAAAUAUGCACGCAGCCCAAACGUCAACGAUGAAGAUGUCCAAUCUGCGGCAAAAGAACACAUGGCGAAGCAUCCCAUCAAGCCAUGGUUCAAUCCAUUCCAAAGAGCCGACGUGGACGGUGUACGGGGCAAGCCGUGGAUCGAAGACCUUUACCGGAUCCCCAGCCAGACCCUGAAGGUGGAAUUCUUGCCAGCUACCCCGGAGUCUUCGGCGGUGGAGCUAACCCAGGAGGCGUUGUACAGCCUCUUUCGCCCAUAUGGGAAGAUCAUAGAUAUUCACCCACAGCCUUCUGAUUCCAAGGUCCAGCCGAGGUAUGCGACCUUGACGUUCAGCCGGCCCCGAUUCUCGGUCAUGGCACGGAACUGCAUGCAUGGAUUUGUCGCCAGUGAAGAGGAUGGCGGAGGUAAAGCCGGAACCAAGUUCAAGAUCAACUACGAGCGCAAGAUCAAGUUUUCAGUGAUUAAGGACUGGCUCCUGAAUCAUCCGAGGAUCGUCAUUCCAGCCCUGGCGGCAUUGGUCGCGGCAAUUACCGUGAUCAUCUUUGAUCCUAUCCGCACAUUUUUCAUUGAAAUGAAGAUCAAGUCCACUCUUCAGACAUCAGAAAAUCAGGUGAUACAGUGGAUUCGCAAGCAAGCCAGCAAAGCCAACAUAGCCUACUUUGGGCGCAGGAAGACAGACCCUCGUGGUUUGGCAGCGAUUUGGGAAGACCGUCAGAAAGACAUAUCCCAGGUGCAAGCCUGGUUGACCGAGACUGCGGAGACCUUUAUUGUCAUUCACGGCCCGCGUGGCUCGGGGAAACGGGAGUUAGUUCUGGACCAGGCAUUGAAAGACCACAGCUACAAAGUGGUAAUCGACUGCAAACAAAUCCAUGAUGCGAGAGGCGACACAGCCAAAAUCUCACGAGCAGCCGCUCAGGUCGGCUACCGACCCAUCUUCUCGUGGAUGAACAGUAUCAGCAGUUUCAUCGAUCUUGCUGCUCAGGGAAUGAUUGGCACCAAGGCCGGUUUCUCUGAGACGCUCGAUGCCCAGCUCAGCAAAAUUUGGCAGAAUACAGCAGUGGCAAUGAAGCGAGUUGCCCUCGGCGGGCGACGCAAGGAGGACAAAGACUUUAACCUCACUGACGAUGAAUACCUCGAAGCCCAUCCCGAGAAGAGGCCCGUCGUCGUUAUUGACAAUUUUGUCUAUGAUUCGGAACACGCCGUCGUGCUUGACAAGAUGACCGAAUGGGCCGCUGGCCUUACAACGGCCAAUAUUGCCCAUGUUAUCUUCCUGACCACAGACUCCUCCUAUGCAAAACCCUUGAGCAAAGCUCUUCCAAAUCAGGUCUUCCACACCAUCGGUUUAGGUGACUGUUCUCCUGAAGUUGGCCGUCGUUUUGUGUUGAGUCAUUUGGACGUGGAUGCGAGCGAUGAUGGAAACGCGCCGAAGGUAAAGCGCGGCAAGGAUGCACUCAAUGGCCUCGAUGAUUGCAUUCGAGUUCUUGGUGGCCGGGUGACAGAUCUUGAGUUUAUGGCCCAUCGAAUUGAAGCUGGCGAGACUCCUCAAGCUGCCGUGGAUCGCAUUGUCGACCAAUCAGCCUCGGAAAUCUUGAAAAUCUUCAUCUUGGGAACCGAAUCCGUCGCACCGCAGUGGACUCGUGAACAAGCAUGGUAUCUCAUCAAAUCACUCGCGCACGCCGAGGAUGGACGUCUGCUUUACAACAAGAUUCUUCUCUCUGAUCUUUUCAAAGAGAACGGCGAAGCGACCCUCCAAGCCCUGGAGCAAGUGGAGCUCAUUUCCGUAGGGUCGGUCAAGGGGUUUCCACGAUGGGUCAAGCCUGGGAAGCCCGUCUACCAGGCCGCAUUCCAGCGGCUGAUCGAGAACAAGACACUGGAAAGCCGUCUGGAUUUGUUGAUCCUCACGCAGAUGAUCGGGAAUGAGAAUAAGAACAUCCACAAGUACGAGGAAGAGCUGCAGCUGCUUGGUACUCUGCCGAAAUACCCCUGGGAACUCACUUCGAGGAUUGAAUGGCUCCUGAGUAAGAUACACAGCUCGCAGGAUUCUAUGAAUGAGCAUGUAUUUGGCAUUUAUCUGCGCGGUGUGAAGCACGAUGUCGUAGUGUCACCCUCGAUGAUGAAGACAGUCUUGUCUUCACAAGAUGCAUCCAGUACCGCUGCCCUCGACCAGGCACUGCAGAACGUCUUUGGCAAUCGCGGUCUUGUGCGCAAUUUGAACCUAAACAGGGAGAUUCGUGAUGAUGUCUCCAGGAUGAUCGACGGGGAGCCAUUCGCCAGUGCUGCUACCACAGAUAUUUCCCGUUUAGUGAAACGCCAUAUUCCCGAUUUGGUCACCUUCUCCCACAGUGUGGUUGACCAGAUGCCCUGGGAGCGCGAAAGCCAAGUAACACUCCCGGACAGUCAGGAUCAGUCGGUCUGUGAGGUCAAGCUCUUUGCGCUUAUCAGAAACUUCGUGGGCCACAUAACCACUUCCAUCCUAAUGGGCGAAGCCUUUGGGGAGUCCUUUCCAGGUCUACUGGAAAAUCUUUGGACACUCGACAACAACUUCGUGACGUUAUUCGUGGGCACUCCCCGCUGGAUUCCCUCACCUGGUGUUUCCGCAGGUUAUGCAGCUCGGGAUCGUCUUAUUCAUAUAAUGUCGAUCUUUUCCCGUGCGUUCACAGCAUGGGAUGAUGGGAUCGACCCAGGGAUUGAACUUCGCGAUCUGGACGAUGUGUCUGAAUUGGUCAAAGAACGAAUGCGAACUUUUCGAAAGCUGGAGCUGUCUCCCGGAGCUAGCGGCGCAGCACACUUGUCCCUAUACUGGGACACGAUAGAGCACACGACGAAGAUCAUUUUCUGGACCGUCCUCCAUAUUUUCUCGGAUCCUGCGCUCCUCAAAGAUAUCCGCACGGAGAUAUCUCUGCACACCAGCGCAUCACGGCCCAGUCGCCGAGAAACUGGAUUUCCGUUUGAUUCCCCUCCUCAACUCACUCUCGACCUUGAACAAGUCAUCGGAGCAUGCCCGAUGUUGAAAGCAUGCUACUACGAGUCUGUGCGUUUGCACUCAGCGGGCAUUUCCUUCAGGAAACUAGAAUCAGACUUGACCCUGCCUGAAUCCGCCGAAGAAGCCUCCUUCCACACGGGUGAUCCUCGCAUAUACCGCAUCCGAAAGGGCGAGAGGGCAAUGGUGCCUCAUGGUGUCUACCACAACGACUCUCGGCAUUUUUCAAACCCGGACCAGUAUGAUCCCCUCCGGUUUAUCGUGACGGAUCCCGAGUCUGGAGCGAAACGCGUAAAUGAGAACGCACUUGCGCCAUUUGCGGAUGGACUAUACGGGUCUAAAGGAAACAGCUUCAAUGAGAAGGAAAUACUGGCUGUUACUGCAGCGAUUGUGUCGAUGUGGGAGAUUGAAUCAGCCAACGGGAAUGGCCUGGUCGUUCCAGGGCAUACACCCACUUGGGGGGCUUUUCGACCUGCAAAGGAUGUGAAGGUGAGAUUGAAACUGCGGGUAUGA